CAUAAGGUAGCUCAAAAUCUGUUCAAUUUGUAAUGUCAACUGCUUCACAUUGUCAUGUUGUCAUUGCAUCGGCUGGGAAUGGUACACGCUUUCAAUCUGUGAUUCCAAAGCAGUUCCAUAAGAUCAAGGGUCAAGCGAUCAUCUCCCAUACGGUUGAAAAGUUUGGAAGGGUAUCUUGUGUGAAGAAUAUUGUUGUUGUUGCACCCGAAUCAGAGGAACUCAUGAUGAAAAUGAAAGAAGUGUUACAAAGACAGAGAACUGAAUCUAAUAAAAUUAUAAUCACUUCUGGGGGGAAGUCCAGACAUAAAUCCAUUUUCCAGGGACUGUUGCGCCUCAAAAAUAAGUUGACAAAGGAUUAUUGUACACAUGAAGAAUGGCUAAAUGAAAUUGUUAUAAUACAUGAUGGAGUUCGCCCAUUUGUUAACACUGAUGACAUAGAAAGGAUCAUAAUUGCAGCCAAAAAGCAUAAGGCCGCAGGUUUAGUCAAGCCAUUGGUUUCAACGGUACUAAAGCCGAAUUCCGAUGAUGUUCUUGAGCUAAGCCUAGACAGAUCGUUAUACUGGUCUAGUGAAAUGCCUCAGGCUUUUCAUUUAGGAGUAAUUUUGCAGGCAUAUGAAAAGUGUUCUGAAUAUGAUUUUGAAAAUGGAACUGAAUGUUUACAUAUUGCUCAAAAAUAUGGAUCGGUGUGCGCUAAAUUAUUGAAAGGUGAUUCAAACAGAUUAUGGAAAAUAACACUUCAACGAGAUAUAGCUGCUGCUGAAGCAUUAUUAAAUGGUGGUAUAUCAGUUUGUUGUAUCAAGGAAGUUGAUGAACUUAUUUUGAAAAAUAUGCAAAUAUUUUGGUUGUUGAAUAUUAUUGAUGAUCUUUUACCCAACAUGGAACAUGUUAUAAAUAUACUUCAUAGUCACAAAAAUUGCAGGUCUUGCCACCUCAUCAUCUUUCUUAUUGAUUCUGAACCACUCACAGUCGAUGAUAACACCAGACUAAAGUAUUGGGAUUCUUGUCAUCAGCUAUUAAAAUUUGAUGUCUUGACACAAUUGGUUGUUAAAAAAGAUCUAUUAAACAAAGGAAUGGAGGAGUUACUUUCCCUUCAAACAACUGUUGAAAAACUGCCACCUGGACAAAUUCUAUACUUCUAAGAAUGCUACAAUAUUGCACAUUUUUUUACUUCCUAUUAUACCACACUAACCAGAAUAUGCACUCAACCUGCUACAUUUUUGCAAUAAAAUGUCUGUUAUUUGAACUCCACAGUUAUACCAAGUUUUGAGAGGUAUGUAGAGUCAAAUGCGACUUGAUGGUCAAUUUUUAUAUCUGAACAUCUCAUUAAACACAAAUAGGAAUGCCUGGCGUGGCAGCACUUGAAGGAUGAAAAAAUUCAAGACUACAAAUAGGACUUGAAAUUUUGUAUCUCGACUAGUAGAGACCUGAUGAAA